AUGGACAAAGUUAUAGAAGAAUUUGAGUUAUUAACAAAGGAUGCGGAAAGGGUUCAGAGGGAAACUCUAAAAAGGAUUUUGGAAGAUAACGCAUCAGCUGAGUAUUUGCAGAGUUUGGGUCUCAAUGGAAGAACUGACCCCGAGAGUUUCAAGGCUUGUGUUCCACUGGUUACCCACAAAGAGUUGGAACCUUACAUAUACAGAAUUAUUGAUGGUGAUGCUUCUCCUAUUCUCACAGGCAAGCGCAUCACGACCUUGUCUUUAAGUUCUGGCACGACCCAGGGGAAGCCAAAAUAUGUACCUUGGAACGAUGAAUUGUAUGAAACCACAAUGCAGAUAUACCAGACCUCUUUUGCCUUUAGAAACAGAGAGUUUCCGAUAAAAAAUGGGAAGGCUUUAAGCUUUAUAUACGGAAGCAAAGAGUUCAAAACAAAGGGGGGUUUGGCAGCUAGAACUGCUACAAGCAAUGUGUUUUGCAAUGCUGGUUAUAAGUGUGCAAUGAGGGCACUCCAAUCCCAAUGCUGCAGCCCAGAUGAAGUAAUAUUUGGUCCUGAUUUUUUCCAAUCAUUAUACUGCCAUCUUUUGUGUGGUCUGAUUUUCCGGGAGGAGAUUCAGUUCGUUUCUUCUACAUUUGCACAUAGUAUUGUCCAUGCAUUUAGAACCUUUGAACAAGUCUGGGAAGAACUUUGUAUUGAUAUUAGAGAAGGGGUUCUCACCAGCAGUGUCACUGUCCCUUCCAUUCGAAUGGCAAUGUCUAAACUGCUCAAGCCAAACCCAAAAUUAGCCAACUUGAUCCACAAAAAAUGCACGGGGUUGAGCAACUGGUACGGCUUGAUACCAGAGCUUUUUCCCAACGCUAAGUAUAUUUAUGGCAUCAUGACUGGGUCAAUGGAGCCUUAUUUGAAGAAGUUGAGGCACUAUGCAGGGGAGCUGCCUUUGUUGACUGCUGACUAUGGAUCUUCUGAGGGAUGGAUAGCAGCAAAUGUGAACCCACAACAGCCUCCUGAAUAUGCCACAUACGCUGUGCUUCCUCACAUUGGUUACUUUGAAUUCAUUCCUCUCUCAGAGCUUGACAACACCAAAGGUGAACCUGAUUUCCUUUGUAUUGAUUCUCAGCCUGUGAGCCUGACUGAAGUCAAGGUUGGUGAAGAGUAUGAAAUUGUUAUGACCAAUCUAGCAGGAUUAUACCGGUAUAGAUUGGGGGAUGUGGUGAAGGUUAUGGGAUUCCACAAUUCAACUCCAGAGCUAAAGUUUAUUCGGCGUAGCAGUCUUCUGCUCAACAUUAACAUUGACAAGAACACGGAGAAGGAUUUACAGUUAGCAGUGGAAGCGGCUGCAAAGUUGUUAGCAGAAGAAAAAUUGGAAGUAGUUGAUUUUAGUAGCCAAGUUGAUUUAUCCAAAGAACCGGGACACUAUGUCAUCUUCUGGGAAAUCAGUGGGGAAGCGAGUGAAGAAGUACUCCACGAAUGUUGUAACUGUUUGGACAAGUCUUUCGUUGAUGCAGGCUACACCAGUUCUCGCAAAGUGAACUGCAUCGGUGCCCUCGAACUACGAGUUGUUCGGAGAGGAACAUUCCAGAAGAUUCUGGACCAUUACCUAGGACUAGGAACCGCUGUUAGUCAGUACAAGACACCAAGAUGUGUUGUUUCUACAAACGCCAGGGUGUUGCAAAUCUUGAGUGAAAAUGUUGUCAAUAACUACCUCAGUACUGCUUUCUAA